AUGGCGCCAGCCCACACGCCGCCACAUCCCGAGUACCUGACAGGACGCAGCCGCUGCCCUCCUCCCGCCGCGAUUGUUACCGGGGCCACCACCAACCGUCGCCGACAUUUAAACCGCCGGACACGGCCUGUCGCGGCGCCUCCAUUGGGCAGCGAAGGAGCAGGAGGGGAAAGCGGCAGGAAGAUGGCAGCGACCAGCGGCGGCUCCGGGAUGUGGCGGCGGCUCACGGCCGGCAUGGGCCGGGCCUUGCGGGCCGCCAGCGGUGGCGGCCGGGCGGCAGCGGAGGCUCCGCGGGCGGAGGAGCUGGCGGAGCGGCUGCGGGCGCAAAAAAGGGAGGAGAAGAAGCGAGAGGUGCCUGGGGACCCAGCGAAGAGACGGGUGCGGGAGCUGGCCAUGCUGAGCAGGCAGCUGCAGCAGGUCCACCCCAACGUGCUGGCCAAGAUCCUCAAGGAGGGGACCUUGUUCCAGAAUGAGGAGAUUGUGGUGAUCAACAAACCCUAUGGCCUGCCUGUGCACGGAGGCCCGGGGAUCAAGAAUUGCAUCACCGAUGUGCUGCCCGUUUUGGCCAAGAUGUUGGAGAACAUGAAAGCUGAACCCCUCCACCUCUGCCACCGGCUGGACAAAGAGACCACAGGUGUGAUGGUGCUGGCACGGAGCAAGGAGGUGGCAGAGAGGGUCCGGUUCCUCUUCAAGACCCGGCAGGUGGAGAAGACCUACUGGGCAAUCAGCCUGGGGGAGCCUGACCCAGCUGAGGGCAUCGUGGAGAUCCCCAUCGUGGAGAAGGAGGUGCGGAGCCACCAGUCACACUACAAGAUGACUCUGGCGCCCAGCUACCGCCUGUGCCCGGAGGGCGGGCAGCUGGUGCGGAAGCGCCGGGAGCGCAGCACUGAGAGCGCCGUCACACGGUACCGCCGCCUGGCCAGUGCCGCCGCCUGCUCCCUGCUCGAGCUCCAGCCCAUCACGGGGGUGAAGCACCAGAUCCGGGUCCACCUGGCCUACGGCUUGGGCUGCCCCAUCCUGGGAGAUCACAAAUAUUCCCACUGGAGCAAGCUGGCACCACAGAAGCUCCCUGAGAUCACCUUGAGGAGGCUGAAGCUGCAGCAGAGCAAGGCUCGGCACCUGCCCCUGCACCUCCACGCCCGCCGCCUCUGCCUGCCACUGCACCAGCGCCUCGAGCUCGUCUGCAAGCCCCCCCCCUUCUUCCUGAGGACGCUGGAGAAGUUGGAGCUGGACAUCAGCAAGGACUGA